AUGAUAACAACAAAAGCAGAUAGACUUUUAAGAAGUUUAAUCGAUGCAGGCUUAUCAUUAACAGAUUUUACUAUAUUAGCAAUAAAAGUUAUUCGUAUUCAACGUGAUUUUAAAACAGAUAAUGACAGUCGACGUGAACGAGAUCGUUUACGUCAACAAGAUAAAUUACGUGAACAAUAUCAAUUUGAAGAACAAUUAAAAGAAGAUGAACAACGUAGAUUGAAAGGACUGGCAAAAUUACGUGAACUAGGCUAUGUCACUGGUGAUGAUGCAUAUGAAAUAGGAAAUAAUAAAACAAUUGAUAGUCUUGAUCAAAAUCCUACAAAUAAUACUGGAAAUAAAGAUAAUAAAAUAAGACCAAAUCAAUUAUUAUCAUAUUCAAAAGAAAUGAAUGAUAUGACACAAAAGCAACGUAGUUGUUGCUUAACAUUUAAUAUUGAUUAUGAUCUUCGACUUAAUCAAAAAACACUUGAAAGUGCUUGUAGAAGAGCUAAACGAAAUAUCUAUGAGCUUCGAGCUGAUCGUUUUAAUCGUCCUGAAUAUCGAUCUGUUUUAUCUGUCGAAACAGUAACACUUCAUAAUAAAUUAAAAGAAAUUACACGUGAAAUAAAUAGAAUUUUUCUUGAUGAAAAUUUUCAACAAGAUAAAAGACAUUUACAAGAAUUAUCAACAUAUAUUAAUCAAUUUGAAGGUGAUAUCGAUUUAUUAAUGUGUCAAAUGCAAUAUGAACCAAAAGUAAAAGAAACAAUUUUAUUUUCUCCAGUUACAACUGAUAUACUUGAUCGAAUGAAUCUUAUACUUUAUUCUGUACGUACAUUAGCUAAUAAAAUUUCAACUGGUGAUUAUCUAAAUGAACAAAAUGAAAAUAAUAAUGAUGAUAUUAAUAAUUUAUCUAAUAUUCCAACUAAAGUCUCAUAUAUAAUAAAAAUAAAAACAAAUAAUGAAAAAAGUUCAUCAUUAUCCGAUGAAACUAAUGUAACAAUUAGAUUAUAUGGUACAUAUAAUAAAUCGUCUGAUAUACAUCUUACGGAGUCUACUCAUAAAGCGAAAUGGCAAUCAGGACAAAUUGAUUUAUUUAGUAUUCAAUUAAAUUAUUUAGGUGAUAUUUAUGCUGUUGAAAUUUGGCAUAAUAGUGAUUAUUCAUCAUGGAAAGUUGAUUGGAUUGAAAUAAUUGAUGAUGCUGCAAAUAUUUAUCGUUUUCCUCUCAAUCGUUUAUUAGAUAAAUAUUCUGAUGAAAAAAAAACUCGUUUUAUUAUUCAACGAGAUAUUGGUCCUGUUAAUCGUUUACCAACAAAACCUUUACAAGAAAACAAACCAUAUAAACAAUUAGGUUUUUCAACAUAUAAAGUUCAAGUUAAAACAGGCAAACAGCCAAAUAAAGUUACUGAUUCAUCCAUAUUUAUAGAACUCAAAGGUGAAAAUGGAAAUUUUAUAGAUAAUUUAUGUAGUGCAAAUUCAGCUUUUAAUAGUUCUGUAUUUGAACCUGAUCAAUUAGAUACAUUUUAUCUCAUUUGGCCGUAUUUAGCAAAAUUAAAUUCUUUACAUUUAUUUGUUCAAUCUGAUGGUACUCAACCAUCAUGGUUUUGUGAAUAUAUAAAUGUCGAAGAUAGUCAAACAGGCGAUCGAUAUAAAUUUAUUGUUAAUCAAUUAUUUGAUGGUGCAAAUACGGAUGAUCCAAAUUCGAAACAACAAUUAACUGUUUAUCCAGAAAAUACAAAUCAAAAAGAUAGUAAAGAUCAAAACGAUAAACCUAGUUAUUUAUUAAAACUAAAAACGGGUGACAACGGUUUAUCAGAUACAUCAACAUCAUCAUCAUCGAUUAAUAUUAUAUUAAAAGGUGAUAAAGGAAAAUCUGAACCGUAUAUACUCCAAUCAUCAGAUAAUAAAAGAAAAUUAUUUCAAAAUAAUCAAACAGAUGAAUUUUUACUUCCAUCAAAAUAUUAUGUCGGCCCAAUAAAAACUCUACAAAUAUCAGCAAAUGGUGAAAUUGAACCAUGGUUUAUAGAGACAAUUAUUAUCCGAGAUAUUGCACAUGGACAAAAUUAUAUCUUUCCAAUUUAUAAAUGGAUUAAUACACAAGACAAAACAAAUACUUUAACUCUUCAACCAAUUAAUGAACAAAAACCAGAUUAUAUAGUUUAUACUCGAACACUAGCAAGUGAAUUAUUAGGGCCUGAUCGAAGUAUAAAAUUACUUCUUCGAGGAAAAAAUGGCAAACAUGAUAUUGAAUUAAAUAGUCCGAUAACAAUGUAUAAUACAUUUCAACCUGGACGUAAAGAUGAAUAUUAUAUUGAAAAUAUGAAAUCAUUAGGAGAUUUACAAUCAAUUGAAAUUGAUAUAACACAUCCAAAUAUAAAAAAACUUGGACUUGAUUAUAUAGAAAUCAAAGAUAUAUCAAUUAAUAAUUCAUACAGAUUUAAUAUUAAUCAUAUGCUCGAUUCAAAAACUCCAAAAAUGACUGCAAAAGCUGAGCUUAUUUCUCGACCUAUUAAAAAUUCAUCAUCCUCAAAAAUUAGUCGUAGUCAACUUUCAUUACCUAAUACUACUAAUAAGAUCAAUUUUGAUCAAUUAACAACAAAUCCACCACAAGGAGCUAAACGACCAAACAAUGACGAUUAUAAACGUUUGAUAAAAACUGAUAAUUCGAAUUUAAUAAAUACCAAUGGUAACAUUGAAUUACAAAUGUAUGAAAAUAACGAUACAUUACAAAAGAUUCAUCCUAAUAAACGCAAUACAAGUUCGAAGAAUUUAUCAGAAAAAAUAAAUCAAAAUAAUUUAUCUCUAGAUAUAUCUAAUACUGAAAAUUUAAAAUCAACAACUUCAUUUAAUGAUGAAAAAAUAAAAAAUCAAUGGUCAAUAUCAACAGUUGAAAAUGCUAAAGAAGAUUCUCAGAACGUUUCUGGAAUUAGUUUAAAUAAAAAUGACUAUUCGGAGAAUUCAAAAUCGAUAUCCGAAUAUGAUAAUUCUGAGAAAGAUAUUUUUAAAAUAACAAUAAAAACAAUUGACAAACAAUUCCGAGAUAAAAAUACUAAACUUCAAAUAGAAUUAAUCGACGAAAAUAAACAAUCUGAAAUAAUGAUAUUUAAUCAAACCAAUAAUAACAUUGAGCUAUUACAAAAGGAUAAAAUUGAUACAUUUACUAUCGAUACAACAAAAGAUCUUGGAAAAUUAAAAAACAUUAAACUUUCUUUAAUUGGAUCAAAAUUACAAAAAGAUUUUUAUCAACCAGAAUUCAUUGAAAUAUUUCAUCCAAAAAGCAAUAAUACCUAUCGCAUUAAAUAUACCAAAGAUGAUUUUCUUAAUUCCGAUAAAAAUCGAUUAGAACUACUGAAAUCAAUCAAACUUCUCUCAAACACAAAUAUCCGUGAAACCACUUUAAUACCAAACAAGAAAUUAAUAGAUGCAGUCUAUUCUAAACAUGAUGAUGAAGAUUUAUCUUUAUUAAACAAUAUAACAACUUCAUCUCAUUCGAAAGAAAAUAAUUCUCUAUCGGAAAGAUUAACAAAUAGUUCAAGUAGACAAAUUCGUCCCGGUGAUCGAGUUAAAAAUAAUAGUAAACGACAAUUAAUUGAUCCUCGUUCAAAAUCAUCGUUAUAUGAAGCAAAUUGGUAUCGUCGAUCAAUUGAAACAAAUAAAGAUCAUCGAAAUGAUGUUAAACAAAUGCAAUUAACUAAGGAUAAACGAAUUUCACAAACAAAAUUCGAUCAACGACAAGCACAUAUAAUAAAAAAUAGAUCUCGAUAA